AUAAUCCUUGCCACGGUAACCGGCGAGGAAGUGGCGGUAGUAGGGGGCGGUGCGUGCGAUAUGCUAUCAGUCAGUGGCGAUGUGGCCUGCCGUGCGGUGCCAUAGUUCUACCACCUGCGGUUUAAAUGACCGGUGGUUCUUGAACGUCCAACAUCGGAGAUUGUUGAUCAUCAGUACAGCAGUAUUCUUUGCCUUCACAUUCCUCUACCUGUUUCUUGCUCUUCACAGGAGUGAAAAAGAAGUUUUAAACAUUAGUAAGUCUGAAAGUGUUUGUAUAAAAGCUGCUGGAAGAUUUCAUGACAAUGUUUGGAUACAUACAACUGAUAUCAAGUCAACGUCCCAUCAAUUGGAAGAUUUGGGAUUAACUUCUCCUUCUUUCAAGGUUCUUCAGGCACCCUAUGGACCAGGCCCUGUACAUCUUAGCAUACUGAGAAAAUAUGGUGGUAUAUUUUUGAAGAAUGAUGUUUAUCUACUUCACAGACUAGAUCAAAUGAGAGGUCAUGACUGGAGCAGUGCUGGCGAGAAUGACAUUGUAGCUGGGACCAAAGAUGGAGUAACCAAUGGAAGACAACUCAAACUGAAGGACAUAUUAUUCGAUAAGAACUAUGGUGCUCUCUUCAUCAGGGAUCUAAUUCAGAAUUGUACAUACUCGGCUGUUCGUUUAGGUUUAAGAUAGCUCGAUUAUAAUUUGUAUUAAAUAUCACUUGUAAAUAGAUUUAUUGAUGAAAAUAGACUGUA